AUGUCUGAUGAAAAAGGUUCCCUGAAGGGAGACGAAGAGAAAGGAGGGAAGCCGCUCAAGACCUUCACGGUUAGUGAGUACUCGGUGAAACAGGUGGAGGAGGCGGAACCGAUGAAGGUGGAAGUGGCGGCGGGGAUUGAUGGCUGCUCUGACGACCUCAGCUCUGGAGAGGCCGACAUAGAUCCAAACCUCCUGGGGCUUACAGAUGAUGAAGAGAAAUGUCGGAAAAUCCGCAGGCAGUACCGGCAGCUCAUCUACAGCGUCCAGCAGAACCGUGAUGACAUCGUGAACACCGCGAGCGACUCGUUAACCGAGGCACUUGAAGAAGCCAACGUCCUGUUUGAUGGGGUGAGCCGAACAAGAGAAGCAGCCCUUGAUGCCCAGUUUCUUGUUUUGGCUUCUGAUUUGGGUAAAGAAAAAGCAAAGCAGUUAAACUCUGAUAUGAGCUUUUUUAAUCAAGUAACAUUUUGUGACUUUCUGUUUAUGUUUGUGGGUCUUAAUUGGAUGGAACAUGAUGAGCGUGAUGAAUUGAGUGGUUGUGAUGAUAAUAUAGCUCAUUCCUUCUGGGAGACAGUACAAAAGGAAGCAACAUCCUGGAUAGUACAAGCUGAAACAUUCCACUUUAUUUUUGGUUCAUUCAAGCCAGAACCUUCUGCACCAAAACCCCGACUUGGACAUCAGAAAAAAGUUCGCAAAAUGGAAGAAAAUGGGGAUAUGCCUACGAAGUUGAGGAAGUUGGACCUAAAUAGUAAUCAAGAAGCGACAGAAAAAGAAGUAGAAAGAAUUUUGGGAUUGUUGCAAACCUACUUUAGAAAGUAUCCUGAUACUCCUGUGUCCUAUUUUGAAUUUGUGAUUGAUCCAAACUCUUUUUCUCGCACUGUGGAGAACAUAUUUUAUGUUUCUUUCAUUAUAAGAGAUGGUUUUGCAAGAAUAAGGCUUGACCAAGACAGGCUGCCAAUAUUAGAGCCAAUUAAUAUUAACCAAAUGGAUGAGGAGAAUGAUCCCAGUUUACAUGGCAGGAAACAAGGAGUUAUAUCUUUAAGUUUACAGGACUGGAAGAAUAUUGUGGCGACUUUUGAAAUUUCAGAGGCCAUGAUCAAAAACUCAUACUAA